AGUGACAAAAGCAAAGGCCAUGUUUUGGGAUAACGCAAUUACAAUGUACAGGCCGUCACUAGAGCGAUUCAUUCUAAAUAAUUAGAAUGACUCUUUGGAGUUAAUAUGACACUACAGUUAGUAUUAACUUUACAUGUAUGCAAAUAAACCUUUGGUUCAUAACAAAUCUAUUACACCAUGAAGUUACUUCAUAAAGACAUCGAAAAAGACAAUGCCGGUCAAGUGACGCUGAUGCCAGAGGAGGCAGAGGACAUGUGGCACACCUACAACCUUCUGCAGAUCGGUGACAGUCUAAUGGCUUCCACUAUCAGAAAGGUGCAGACUGAGUCGUCCACCGGCAGUGUGGGGAGCUCUAGAGUGCGCACCACACUGUGUGUGUGUGUGGACACUAUCGACUUUGACUCGCAGGCCUGCCAGCUCAGGGUGAAGGGAACCAACAUCCAGGAGAAUCAGUAUGUCAAGAUGGGAGCUUACCACACCAUUGAGUUGGAGUUAAACAGGAAGUUCACACUUGCCAAAAAGAUCUGGGACAGCGUUGUGCUUGAUAGGAUUGAGCAGGCAUGUGACCCCACCCAGAAGGCAGACGUGGCGGCUGUGGUGAUGCAAGAGGGUCUGGCUAAUCUAGUUCUUGUGACCCCCGCUAUGACCCUACUCAGAGCCAAGGUGGAGGUGACCAUCCCUCGCAAGAGGAAAGGCAGCUGCACCCAGCACGAAAAGGCGCUGGAGAGGUUCUAUGAGGCUGUGAUGCAGGCCAUCCUUAGACAUAUCAACUUUGACGUGGUGAAGUGUAUACUGGUGGCCAGUCCAGGGUUUGUGAAAGACCAGUUCAUAGCCUACCUCUUUAGAGAGGCUGUCCGUCAGGACUCCAAGAUUCUACUUGAGAACAGGCCCAAGUUCAUGUUGGUCCACUCUUCUUCGGGACACAAGUACUCCCUCAAAGAGAUUCUGUGCGAUCCAGCUGUGACGGCUAGGUUGUCUGAUACCAAGGCAGCAGGAGAGGUAAAAGCCCUGGAGGAUUUCUAUAAGAUGCUACAACACGAGCCUGACAGAGCCUUCUAUGGAUUGGUUCAUGUGGAGAAAGCUAGCGAAGCAUUGGCCAUUGACAUCUUGUUGAUUAGUGAUAAGCUCUUCAGGCACCAGGAUGUGGCCACACGGAGUAGAUAUGUACGGUUGGUGGAUAACGUGAGAGACAACGGCGGAACUGUCAGAAUCUUUUCAAGCCUUCAUGUAUCUGGAGAACAGUUGACACAGCUCAGUGGAGUGGCUGCUAUCUUGCGUUUCCCCAUCGCUGACCUAUCGGAGCCUGAGGAUGACAGCAGCUCUGAUGAUGAAUGAAUGACAAUGCAACAGAAAGAAGGGACUUGGGCACUCCUCAUUUGCAGAGAGAGAAAUGGAAAACUAGAAGUCAUGUCUAUGAAUUCUAUAUUUGACACUUGUGCUUCUGGAUAUUAAGGAUUUAAGGUACUGUUUGUGGUACCAAGUCCAAGCCUGAAAAAUCAUCUCUGGUUUACUGUAAUGCUAGGAUUAAGCCUGUUAUUUCAUUAGUGUGAAGUCUGACUAAAACAAAAAUAAUAACAGUAAAAACAUUAGAAAAAACCCCCAGACCAAACACUGAUUGAUCUUGAAAUUACAAUGUCUUACAGUACAGCUUGUUAAUAUUGAUAAAAUAUGUAUAAUUAAUUUCUAAUUAGCUAGUUUUGCUGCAAUACAUUUUUCCUUUGGAGUGUACUGUAUAUAUCUUUCUUGCAAUAAAAUCUGUCAUUGCAUACCA